AUGCCACCCAAACGAGAUCCCUCCAACAAUAACAACAACGAAACCCCAACAACUUCCACCUCAAACAAUUCCACCACAACAGCAGCAGUAUUACAAAAUAGUAACACAGCCGUACCAGCACAGGCAGCAAUAGCAAUAAACAACAACAGCAGCAGCUGCUGCUGCUGCUGCCUCCGCCAAUGCUUUGCCAGUUUAAUAGCCGAUGCUGCUGCGGAACAGCGCACCAUUGCCUACCAGGCCAAUGCAAAAUUAUGUCGUCUGGUACGCAAAUGUCCCUGGAUGUAUGAUCGUAAUCAUCAUAAUUAUGCCAAAAAGCAUAUAUUAGAUAAAUCAUGGUGUAAAAUUGCCAGAGAAUGUAAUGAUUCAGUUGCCUCUUGCAAAGAACGUUGGCGCAACAUAAGAGCGGCCUUUGCCCGUUCCAUUAACAUCUAUAAAACCCACAGUGGACCGAAUCGUGUUAAACCCUAUUAUUUGCACAAAGAACUAUCCUUUCUAGUUAAGCCCAUGAUGGAAGGACGUGAUAAAAAAGAUGAAUAUGAGGACACACAAGAUGGUGCUGGUGUAGCAGGUGGUGGGGGUGGUUCUGCUGCAGGCAGUGGUGUAAAAGAUGAAGAAACGGGCGAUGAAGAGGGUGCGGCAGGGGAUGAAGAUGAUGAGGAUGAGGCGGAUGCCGAAGAAGAGGAAGAUGAUUAUCCAGAUGAAACGGCAGAAAUUAAAUCAGCCUUUGAGGCCUUAAAUCCGGAUAUACACAUACAGGCGGAGACUAGAUAUCAAAAAUUAUUGAGACAGAAUAAUAAUAAUAAUAAUCAAGAUUUUGAGGCGAGCAGUAUUUUUGAGCCGCAUACUGAGUUUACCACCAAUAGUGAUGCCGAAAAUGAGUUCCAUUUUCCGGAUGAUAAUUUGUCACAAAGUGAAACGGAACGUAGAGUACCCACUCACCUAUUACAGCAGCAACAACAGCAACAGAAUGGUGUUAAAAGACCCAUGCAUUUGGAAACGGAAACUUUUGAAACUAAACGUGUUAAACUUUCACAAUUAUCUCAGGCUCACAAUGAAAAUGAUAUACGUUUCCUGGAGGCCUUACUGCCCGAUAUGGCUAUUAUGAAUACUAGACAAAAAAUAGUAUUCAAACGAAAAAUCUAUCAAACUUUGGAAGAGGUUUUCGAGAAUUCGAAUGAUUUUCCCAAUAUAGAGAAAAUCGAUAAUAAAAUAGAGCAAUUAAACCACAAUAAUAGUUCGGCUCAUAUUCAGGCUCAUUUAAAUUAUCCCUCUAGCCCUAUAUCGCCUCAAACCCAGAUAAGACAAACAGUUUUAACGGUCAACUCCACCACCGCCCGCAAUUUGAUUAAUAAUAUCGCCAAUUUGAAUGAGGCGGAGCUUCAAAAAGUUAAUGGUUUCUUGCAGAACUCGUUGAGGAAUCAUCACAAUCAAUCACGUCUAGCUAAUGUUAGUAACGGUCCCAGCAGUGCUGCCGCCAAACUAAUGUCUUCUACUCCCAAAAUAACCAUUACAAAGGUGACUUGUCCACCACCUGCCUCCUUAAGAAAUCUAACCUUAACAAAGCCUCCUUCUCCCAGUCCUGCCACCGUUUCCACAACUAUACACAAUCCUGCCUCUGCGGUAAUAACUUCCAAUGUACAUUCUACCACCUCCUCUUUGCCGGGUAAAGCUUCCAAUACACAAAAUGGUUCUACAGCAAAUCAAAACAAUAACUCCCCUUGGACUCAACUGUUGCCUAUAACCAUUAAAGAUGAAAUCGAAGAUGUUGAUAUAGUUUAAACACUUUUUUCAAAAACUAAAGCUUUUUAAAAGCUUUAAACUUUAUUUGUUACUUUUUAAGCUUUUUCUCAAGCAUUUUAUUCCUUUUCAAAAUCCUUUUCUAAAAAGGAUUUCUUUACUCUAAACAAUGGGUCCCCUUAUUUCCCCUCAAAAUCUGCCUGUUUUACUUAAUUAACAUGACUUACUUAAUUUAUCCUAUAAAACUUAAUUUUAGCUUAAGUUAAAGCUUAAGUUAAGUUUCCCUUUUUAUGUUAUUUUAUUAAACUUUAUAAACUUAAAACUUUUAAAGAAUAAUCUUUUAAUGUGUAAUUUUAUUCUUUUUUAUUGUCCUUUUUUUAUAAGUACUUAAUUUAAGUAUGUUUUAUACAAUAAGUGAAAUUAAUUA